UGCCAGGGUAACAUGUCAACACACAAAUGCCAUGGCAGUUUGAGGCAACGCUAUCUAUGUGUGGGUGUAACUUUACUUCCCCGUUCAUUUAGCUCAUGCUAGCAGUAGUUGUUGUAGCAGUAUUAUAUAUAUAGUAUAUAUAUAGUAUAUUAUUUGUUGCCCCACCAUCAUCAUUUUUACAAUGUCAGUGGCUCCAGUUCGGAAAACAGUCUUUGGCAGCAGACAGGAGAGGAAACUCUUCCCCCUCCAUUACGCACCUGACAGACUGGGAAACCAAAUGCAGCGACAGCGAGCUCUGCUUGUCGGUCCUGGUUCCUAUGACAACCACGAGUAUGACACCAUCAUUUAUAACCUGCAGAAGACACCGGGCAGUGUGAGAGGAUAUGGUCUCUCUGCAAGGACUGCUGCGCGUUUUCUGCCUGAUGACAAGAACUCGACCCCUUCACCUCAGCAGUACCAGCAGGAUCAAAGCCAGUCCACAAUCCCCCCUCCUGGAAAAACACCAUUCAACUCAACUACACGGAGGUUCGAGACCAGGACAUGUACAGCUGAGACCAGUCCAGGACCUGGGACCUACAAACAUGACGUAGUGACAAACAGGAAGGUGAGCUGGCCAAUGAGCUUUGGGAGUCCAGACCGGUUCAGACUGCCUCAGCUUGAGAAGAAGUCCCUCAGGGUGAUGCUUCAUGAUGAAAAGGUGUUUCUGAAGCAGACAAGCAGAGUGGCCUACCUGAGUUUGUACUAUUAACUCUUAAAAACAUAAGACUGCGUCCGUCUUAUCUCUUUCCUUCCUAAAGUCAUAUGUAACCCAGACUAAAAGCAAUGUCACAAGUUUUUUUUUAAAAAAAAGAAACUCUUUUUUUCUUUAUUCACAAAAUUUCUGUUUGUAUGUAUAUUACACAAGGAUGUUGCUUACAACAUUUUUUAACAAAGCCAGUGCUUUCUGAAAAAAAAAAGAAAAAAAGACAGCUAAUACAAAGGAAAUCACUCAUGAGUCCGUCAGUCUGCCAGAAUCUACAGCAGCACUGGUCCCCGUCUUGAGAAAAAGCAGCCAUUUGUCCCAGCUAACAAAGCACGGGGCCACUCCUCUGACUACGGCAGCAAGUGUGAGUCUGUUAGAUUCAGGCGGGUCCCGACUCAUUUCUUCCUCCGCACUUUGGGUUUCUUUACGGGCCGGAGGUACGGGUUAUCAAUCACGUUGUCCUCGCUGGACUUUGUGGACGGAACACCACCACUGGGAGGAAGCAUGGAGUUCUCUUUGUCUGCACCUGGGUCAUCCUGGUGAGGAAAGAAGACAAAUGAUUGUUGUAGGUAAUCGUUUGAGUGCAACAUACAUAUCAAAUUUAGAUUACAUCCAAUAUUUUCUGAAAAUUCGCUGACAGGAAAAGAUCAUGUCUGAGCGUCAGGUUCACUGAGUCAGGUACUAAUGUUUUCUUCAGUCUGUAGAGUAUGAUGUGUAGAGAUCAGGACAAUAUUAUAUAUAUAUAUAUAUGAUAUAUAAUAUAUAAUAUAUAAUCUAAAAUGGGAAUUUGAUACACAUUUUGAUUAAUUGUUCAGCCCUAAUGUAGAACAAGAUUGUUUCUUAUAGGUACUGUAUGAAUUGCAUUUGUAUUGGCAUGAAACAUAAACCACUGCUAACUUUAA